UGUGAUGUGGUGAUACAUGAUUGUGAUGUGGUGAUACAUGAUUGUGAUGUGGUGAUACAUGAUUGUGAUGUGGUGAUACAUGAUUGUGAUGUGGUGAUACAUGAUUGUGAUAUUGUGAUACAUGAUUCAGGGUGAUGAUGCCCGGUAGAUAUGCGCAUCAGUACCCUUAUGUUCCGAGCUUCAUGAAUGUGUCUUCUGCGUACCCCCUAGGGAAGUCAGAGAGGGAGCAGCAGUGGACCAAUAAGAUGACAGAUAUUGUGAACAAACAGAGACACGAACUCUGUGCUAAAGACCACAAGCUGUCUAAGAGGAACGAAGAGGUGGAGGCGCUCCAGGCCCAGCAGCUGAGGCUGAUGCGGAUGAACCAGGACCUGCGCCGCAGGCUGGCCGCGUUGGAGGGCCAGGGCAAGGCAGGCGUGCAGCAGAGGGUCGAGCUGGAGGCGCUGGCCCAGGCCAGGCUGCAGGAGCUGAGCUUGCAGCAGCAGGAGCUGCGCGCGCUGCAGCAGCAGCUGUCCGGCCUGGAGGCUGAGCGCCGCGGCAUAGGGGGGCCAGAAAGGAGGGCGAGGGCGGAGGUCUCUCCGGCCCAGACCACGCUCGUGUCCACUCAGGUCGCCGUAAGCAGCAACAAGGCUGUGGAGGCGCCAACUGAGCCCAUCAGGCAGCCCUCACUGUGGGUGGAAUGCGGAGGAGAUUCUGGACUCCUGGCCGGUGUGUUCGAAUCUGAGCCACUGUGUCCGGUCUACACCUCCUCGUCAGACACAAGACCCCCAAGGGGGGUGGAGGAGGAGGUGGGGGAGGAAGAGGAGGAGGAGAAGGAUGUGGCUGCCUGCGCGCAGGCGGUGUCUGGGGGGGGUGAGGUCUCCCACGGUUCAGGGGAUGAGUCAGACACACGCUUCACGCUGCAGGAGCUGCGGGACGUCCUGCUGGAGAGGAACGAGCUGAAGGCUCAGGUCUUCGUGCUGGAGGAGGAGCUAGCAUACUACAAGAGUGAGGAGUCUGAGGAUGAGGGGAUGUUAUUCGCUGAUCCAGAACCAGAUCCACCAUGUUCUGCCCCGGCGGCUCAACCAGACUCGGGGAUCAGGCGCCUGAUUUUCACGGCCAUCAUGCCGAUGGUGGCGGCCGGUUUGAUCCAGGACGACCCGACCUUGCUGCCCAUCAGGAGGCUGUGGUCCCUCGUAUGACCCAUCAAUACCUUCCAAACCGUCUCUUUUAAAUGUCAACCUCCUGUGGAAACAUCUCUCUACGCCAGGGGUUCUCAAAGUUUUGACAACUGAGGGCCAAUUUAGGAAUCCAAAAUUUGACUGAGGGCCGCCAAAGGAAAAAAGAAAAUGGCGGGAAACACCACCAGCAUCCCAGUGGUCAAAAAAAACCUUGCACCGUGGACCUCCGGGAGUGAGGUCAAGUGAGGUCUAAAUCACGAAACUGAGGUUCAGCCUUUCAAAGUAAUGUACAGUCGGAUUAAAACUUACAAAUGUAAAAGGGUUUAAUUGAAAGCUAGAGAGAGUCGACUUUUCUCUUUAUAUUCAUUUAUUUUUGUUUAAAUUAAUAUUGAUAUAAUAAUAAAAAAAAAAAAAAAUUCUUAUAUAAAACGUACAUAAUUAUGUAUGUCAUUGCGGGCCGCCAGGAAUGAUUCCGCGGGCCGUCAUUGGCCCGCGGGCCGCACUUUGAGAACCAAUGCUCUACGCCAACCGCAUAGUGUUAAUAUGGUGGCAGCAAGGGCCAUCAGAUGGAAAAUGAACUGAUGUAUUUGCACUAAGAAAUAUUUUAAGUUAGUGUAAGAUAUUAUGGGUUAAGAAUAUAACGGUUUCCCCACCCUGCACUCCUGCUCAACUCUGCCCUGCUGGAAUGUUCUUAAGAACACUAGCUGGCUGGAGGUUUGUGGCAAAGGGAACACAGCUCAUGACAACCAACCAACUGUUGACGUUAGGUGGAAGAAAUACCUGAAAUAAUCGGUCAAACUUAGGUCAUUGGUAAGGUAACCUUUUUAGAAUGUUUAGAAAAUGUCUUAGGAUUCAAAGUAUGUUUUAUGUAAGGGUGGGUGAUAAAUUAACAGAGUACUUUUGUUUGGGUGGAUAUGUCAUCAUUGAGUUGAACAAAAAUAUUUUAAAUAUAGCCCUAUAGUAUUCAGAAUUUGAGAUAGCCUAUCGGAAUGGCUUUGGUCUAAUCCACAAAAUAUAUAUAAAUAUGACUUGUUGACCUAUUGAUGUUAUGCAUUUAUCAUCUGUAUCCUUGUGAAUAUGUACAUUUAUAAAUUAUGCAUUAAAUAUAUACUAUUUUUGUAUGUGGCAGGGGUUCACAGAACUCUUUAAGGAUCCUUUCCUUUCCUAUCCUUUCCUAUGCUGCCAUCUCAAAUGAAAGCCUAUUCUACUGACAUCGGACCAAUAGGCAGAGUGUGGUGAAAUCUAAUGAUAUAAUAUUCUGUGGUUGGAGAAGAGAUAAACCAUGACUGUAUCCACAAUUAUUAAUAAUUUCACGUGUAGAACAAAUUGAGAAAAUCUUAAUCGUCUAGAAAAAUGUGUUUAAAGUGUGUUUGUUUUGUGUUUGUUUUAGCCAGUGAGCCCACUGCCUCAUUUAAUUGAACACUGUGAUUUAUAGAGUCAGUGAGCCACUGCUUCAGAUUAAUUUAACACUGAUUUAAGAAAAAGUGUUAUAGGAAGGUGGGGGGCAUGUUAACGCCAUGUUUACGACCCAAGCCAACUUUAUGAUACCUUUUUAGUAGCGUCCUUCUAACUGUUAUGAGCGUUAUAAUAAGCGAUGUUGUGUAUGAAAUGAGUCCGACAAAGCGUUAUAUUAUUGGUGUCCAUGAAGCAAUUGGUGUCCAGGACAAAUUACCCACGUUUAAAACGAAUAA